AUGCCCUUUGCUAUUCCUGCAGGCAUUGCAUUGCUUAACCUUCUACCAUCAGUCUGUUCAUCUCAAGAUCGUGCAGAAAUAUAUAACAAACACGCGAGCAACAAACACAAGAUUCACGAGAUGAAUCCUCAACUGUUAUUCGAGAUUAAACUCCAUGGAUUCCUCUUCUGGGCUUCUUUUGGGUUUUUAACGCCGAUCGGUAUACUUGUAAUGAGGAAGUCAAAUGGAGAGGAAUCUAUUCUAGCAGUCCUCCUUGCAACUGUAGGAGCAGUAUUGUCAAUGAAAUACUUGGACAACUCUUUCAAUAAUCUUCACCAGAGGAUAGGCAUAGCCCUAUAUGGUGGCAUAUGGCUGCAAGCCUUGAUUGGUAUUUUAAGGCCACAUAGGGAAAGGAAAGGAAGAAGCACAUGGUAUAUUUUUCACUGGUUACUAGGGAUUACAGUCUCUUUUCUGGGAUUAAUCAAUAAUAUGUGUCCAAAUGUUCGAAUGGUUGAAAAAACAUCGAAAAGUGCAAGGAUUUGGACCAUAAUUUUUACUGCUCAAAUAUCUGUCAUGAUCUUCUUGUACCUUCUCCAAGAAAAGAAGAAUUACAUACAGAAACAUGGGGUGAUUUUAGCUGUACAGUCAAAUGAUCAAGAUCUGGCUCCAAGAAAUAAGCAAAAAGAAACACCAGCACAGAAUUGUUGA